AAAGAUCUUGAUUCUUGAGGGCAUAGUCGUAAAAAUGAUGGCCCCUAAAUUCGUUCGCCGGAGCAGGCGUUGACUAAUAACACUUCACACUCAGUCGCAGUCUGCUAUCACUCUCGCUGCCUUUUCUUUUCUUCACUGCGCUAGUACACCGAGUCAUUCGCGACUCACUAACUCACCUCUCUCUCUCUCUCUCUCUCGCUCCCUCCCUCCCUCUCUCUCUCUCUCUCUCCCGUCAAAAUGAAUCACUCCGUAUUACAAGGCUUUACAAAGUCUCUUGCUAUGACUGUGCUAUCUGAAAUCGGAGACAAGACCUUUUUCGCAGCUGCGAUCUUGGCUAUGCGGUAUCCAAGGAGACUGGUUUUGGCAGGGUGCCUAUCUGCUUUAAUUGUGAUGACUAUUCUUUCGGCUCUUUUAGGCUGGGCUGCUCCAAACUUGAUUCCUCGUAAACUCACUCAUCAUAUUACAACAUUGUUAUUUUUUGCAUUUGGGCUUUGGUCGUUGUGGGAUGCUUUUAAAGAUGGGGAGGCUGAAGACUUGGCUGAAAUUGAAGCGGAAUUGGACGCUAAUAUGAAAACCAAUGGAACGAGCAAAGACAAGAGCAAGGGUGAUGAUGAUACAAAAAAGAAGAGGCAGCCGUUUCUCACCCAAUUCUUCUCGCCAAUCCUUUUAAAGGCAUUUUCAAUCACAUUCUUUGGUGAAUGGGGUGACAAGAGCCAGUUGGCUACCAUUGGUUUGGCAGCAGAUGAGAAUCCGUUUGGUGUUGUACUUGGAGGAAUCUUAGGACAAGCUUUGUGUACCACUGCUGCCGUCAUUGGGGGAAAGAGUUUGGCGAAACAAAUAUCUGAGAAACUAAUUGCACUCUCAGGUGGAGUUCUUUUCAUUAUUUUUGGAAUCCAGUCGGUCCUUUCAGCAGUGGAGUCAUAAAUCUGUAUUCUCUCUCCUUCGUCACUGGGGCAACAUUCUUAGAUGGAGAAUCAAAUGCCAUCUUGGAUUUCACAGGUAGUCUAUUCAAAAAAAAAAUGCAAAAUACAAAAAAAAAGAAGUAAAAACAGAUAUAUCAUUGAUAUCAUCCAUUUUCCGGGACAAAGGAACUGUAUAGCAUGAGCCAAUGACAUAUAAAGAUCCUGUAGCAAUUUAAAGCUAUCCUUAUAAUUAUUUGUAUUUUUCAGUAGCAUAGGGCCAUGAAGUUGUUGACAAUAUUUGCAAGGGAUGAUGUAAUACAUUGCAAAUUGUGUUCCCUAACCUGCAAUGAGAAAACUCGUGUAAUGCAUUACAAUGCAUAUCCAGAUAGAUUUUUUUUUUUUGUUAAGUUCCUUAUUUGAGGCAUGCAGAACCUGUUGAGAAAUUGCAUUUGUGAUUAUAUAAAUAUAAUUUGCCUUUGGCAGAUCCUAUAUAGUAA